AUGUACAAUUUUGUAAAGCGCGUCAUGUUUGUGUUGUUCACAGUUUCCAUCGUAGUGUCACUGCUAGCCUUGUACCGGCCUGUUACCACGAUGCGUUUGAGCCCACUCGACCCAAGCUCAUACUCCAAUGCACAUGAGCUUAUCAUACGUCAUGUGGAUCUGGAUUGGACGGUUAACUUCGAUAAGAGCACUAUCUCCGGUACGGCGACUCUCCACUUCAAGCUGACCAAAAAGGACCUGGAGGAAAUUUUUCUAGACGUGAGCGACAUUAGUGUAUCGUCUGUCGUGGCAAAAUCUUCCGCCGGUGAGAUCCCGUUGGAUUGGGACAUUGGAGGUACGGUCGAGAACAUCGGUUCGAAGCUUACGAUCUACUUGCCAACGAAAACGAACGGUGACUUAACGCUGGUGAUCGGGUACGAAACUUCACCCAAGGCAAGUGCCCUACAAUGGCUCACGCCCGAACAAACGUUCGGCAAAAAGCAUCCAUAUCUGUUCAGCCAAUGUCAGGCUAUUCAUGCCCGAUCGAUCCUGCCCUGUCAGGAUACGCCGGCUGUAAAGUUUACGUACAAUGCAACGCUUCAUCACCCUACAGAGGUUACGGGGCUAAUGAGUGCGAUUAAGGUGGACUUCGAACCGGGGAAAUCCAAGUUUCAGCAGAAGACACCGAUUCCGAGCUAUCUGCUUGCUAUAGUAGUUGGAGCACUUGUUUCUAAACCGAUCGGGCCCAUCUCAAGCGUUUGGGCUGAACAGGAGCAGAUUGAUGAGGCAGCGGAAGAGUUCUCUCAAACGGCUGAUUUCAUUGCAAAGGCAGAGGAAAUUUGUGGACCAUAUGUAUGGGAGCGUUACGAUUUGCUGGUAAUGCCGCCGAGCUUCCCGUUCGGUGGCAUGGAGAAUCCAUGCCUAACCUUCGUAACGCCGACACUGCUGGCGGGUGAUAAAUCCCUGGCGACAGUAGUGGCGCACGAGAUUGCGCAUAGUUGGACCGGCAACUUGGUGACGAAUCGAAACUUUGAACAUUUCUGGCUGAACGAAGGAUUCACGGUGUUUGUCGAGGGAAAGAUCGUUGGACGAUUGUCCGGUAAUGCGUCGCGUGAUUUCCAUGCCUUGCACGGCUUAAGUGAACUGUCGGAUUGUAUUAAAACCCAGUUAGCUGAUACGCCCGAACUAACGAAACUGGUUGUUGAUCUUUCCGAAUGUGGACCGGAUGAUGCGUUUUCAACCGUUCCGUACAUCAAAGGUUCAACCUUCUUGCGCUAUCUGGAAGAUCUGCUGGGCGGACCAUCAAAGUUUGAGCCAUUCUUCCGCGCUUACCUGAACCGCUUCAAGUAUCAGUCGGUGCUUACGAACGACUUCAAGCAGAUGCUGUACGAGUGGUUCCGCGAGGACCCCAAAAAUGAAGUGCUACUCGAGCGCAUCAAUUGGGAUUUAUGGUUGUUCGGCGAAGGAAUGCCACCGGUCAUACCAAGCUACGAUCGAUCGAUGCUGGAGGCAUGUCUGGCACAUGCUGCCCUAUGGGCGGAAAAUGAUUUGGACACGAUAAAAAACUCGCCACUGCUAAAGCAACAACUGGCCAGCGUGCAAUUGAUCGAGUUUCUUGCCCAAUUACUCGAGAAGAAAAAGAUCGUUGAUCUGACGGCCGAAAAAAUAGCGCUGCUCGGCGAAACGUACGGAUUCAGCACGACGAAGAACGCCGAAUUACGCUUCCGCUUCGUACGGCUAUACAUUCGUGCACGGUUGAUUGACAAAAUGGAUGAAAUUCUUGCCUUUGCCAAUAGUAACUUCCGGAUGAAGUUUGUACGCCCGGUUUACAAGGAGUUGGGAGCGUGGCCACAGGGACGACCGAUUGCCAUAGAGAACUACAACCGAGUAAAGGAUCAGAUGAUGACCGUUUGCGCGUACACGGUGGCUAAGGAUUUGGGCAUUUCGGAUGCAUUGGCAUAA